AUGCCCCGCGUCCGCGCCGAUGCCCGCAGUCACCUCACAAUCGCCGUGACCGAAGCCCUGUCGUGGCCGCAUAGGAGCUCCGCUCCCUCGCGCGCCCACUCGCUGCAGUCGUCCUCCGUCGUGAGCCCCUCGCACGUCCGCGUGUGCCGCCGCACCCGCCUCCACCUGGCCGUGCCCGCGCUCUGCGGGAGCGCGCUGGCACCCGCACCCGCUCCCUACCCUCGCGCUCGCCCUCGCCGAUGCGGGUCCUGGUCGCCCGUCGCGCCGCACCGGCCAGGCCUACCCCGCGCCCUGCCGUGCCACGCCGACGGCGCCUCCCCGACAGCCCCUGCUCGCUCCGCUCGCCGGCCCUUCCUGCUGCUGGAGCAGCAGCGGCCGCGGCCACAGCCGCCGGCGCCGGACCCCAGCGCCCCCGCGCCCCCUUUCCUCCGGGUUCUGCUAGGCACGGCGCACGGCGGGUGCUCCUGCCCGUGCCCGGUAGCCCGCCCAAUUUGGCCUCUGGGCCACUACCAAACGGGGCCCACUACCCAGAACGUUAAAAAAAGGAAACGAAAAUGA